AUGUCGAGGCUGAGACGCGGUCUGGAGCAGGGCGGAAGUGUGCUGAGGAGCUUGAACAACGCAACUGGCGUGCCUGUGUCACAGAUCCAAAAGACGGACAACGGUAACCCUGCUGUUAAGUUCGUUGCGGAGCUCAAUCAACACGUGGGCCCAGUCAAUUGCAUCCGCUUCUCACCAAACGGUGAACGGCUUGCAUCUGCGGGGGACAAGGGCGAGCUACUGAUUUGGAAAGAGAACGCACAAGACGAAUCCCUUUCCAAGGAUAGCAAACCGUGGAAGCCCUCCACUGUGCUGAGGGGUCAUCUGGAUGACAUUUUCGACAUCGCCUGGUCCCCUGACUCCACUGCAUUGGCUUCUGGGUCCCUUGAGCAUGUUAUGAUUGUGUGGGAUGUGCAACAUGCAAAAGCUAAGGCGCGUUUUGAUGGACACAAACACUACAUCCAGGGUGUGGCAUGGGAUCCUGCAAACCAGUUCCUGGUGUCUCAGAGCGGUGAUCGCACAUGCCGUGUGUAUGGAAGGCCGCCGCUGUCCAAUCAGACUGACGCCUCGGCAGCUCAGACGGCCGGCCAAUGGGUGCAAGAGAGGUUGCUGUACAAGCGACCAGUUGGAGGUACAAAGGCACUCACAACUGGCGAGAAUGAGGCACGGGACACAUUUAUGUUCCAUGAUGACACAUUGUCCAGCUUCUUCAGGCGGCUCGCAUGGUCACCAGAAGGCUCUUUCUUGGUCAUCCCAGCUGGUGUGUACAGCACACAGCACACAGCCUACAUAUAUGCACGGGGAAAAUGGGCCGCUCCUGUUGGGCACCUGAUGGGGCUGCCAGAACCAUUUGCAGUGGUCCGUUUUUGUCCCAUUCUUUAUGAACGAAGCCUUGGAAAGGAGAACACAGCAGCUUGUGGUUUUGUGCAGCCCUACAAGCUCGUGUUGGCUGCUGCGGCACGACACAGUGUGGUGAUCUAUAGCACAGAGGAGUCAGAACCCAUAUGCCUGCUGGGAUCAGUCCACUAUGCUGAAAUCACUGACCUGGCAUGGUCGCCGGAUGGGCAGUAUCUAGCAAUCUCAUCAAGGGACGGUUACUGUAGCAUUGCAGUCUUUGAAGAGGAGGAACUCGGGGUCCCCAUUUUGCCAGAGCGCAUUCCUGAUGAAGCCAGACAGUGGUUGGAAUCUCUUCAACAACUGCCCACAGCCCCUGAGAAACGGGGAGUGAAAAGAUGUGCCCCUCAAAAUCCAGAGAGCGGCCAGGUAGCCGGGCGCCCAACAGAUAUUGGAGAGUGCUUUGAACCCAAGACAAUUUUGAGGAAGGGAUUGGGGUCACAGGAGAUGAGAGGGGACAGCAGUGAGCUACCAGCCAAAAAGAGAGCUACUGACCUGGCAAGCAGAACGAAUGCAAGUGCAGCACCAGUGCAAAGCAGAGAAAUAGAGAAUGGCGGCUGCUGUGAUUCGAUGGCCAAGGGAUCAGAUAAGAAAGCAGGACAUGUCAGCAAGGCUGAGGAGCAGCCAUCUGUUGGCGAGCACACUGCUGCGCAGGUGAGCAUGGGCAGCAAUGGGUCCUAUGUGGUCCAGAGCAGUGUUCCUUUCAAAACAGGGGACAUUGGAAGAAGAGCAAAGAAGCGAAUCAUGCCAACUCCCCUUGCUGGUGACCCUUGCCACCAACGAGCAUGCACCAAUCAGUCAGGAGGACAUCCUUUGCCAACGCCUAUGCUGGACAUCGCUGUUACAGCUGACGCUGGUGGCCAGAGCAGCAGUGGGGGAACUCAUGUGGCAGGCUAUAACCCGAGAGCUAGGAGACGCAUCAUGCCGACAGCCAUUGAUGGUGAACAGGGGAACCACACUGGACACCUGGCAACUGGCUUGCAACCAAGCUGCAGUGGAAGGACCACUGCCAUCCCAAUAGGGACCUUAGCUGUCGGAUUUGAAGCACGUGGGGCGCUGGAGGGCAUGUCUGCACUCACAAAGCUAGCAGCCAAGGCGGGGAUCCUUGCAGAGUCACAAUUUCCGGACUCCCUAUUCGAAAGAUCUGAAUGGUGCACCACAGAGGUGGAAGACCCAUUUGCAUCGUUGACCGCAAAGGCUGCCGCAUACAGCAGACAAGCAGACAGCCACCACGAGGAAUCUGGCAACGAUGGCAAUGUUCAACAAUCGCCAGAUGCCAGCAAUCCUGAGCCACAGGGCUUUCCACCACGUGCUGGGGCUUGUGGACAACCUGGUGGCGAUGCCAACAGCAGAGAAAACGACAAGGCAGACAGUGAGCCGGGAGGAGUUAGGAGACGUAUCGUGCCAACAGCCGUUGAUGUAGGCCAGGAAAGGCCCGAUGUUUGCCAGGCAACUGGUGGAAAUCUGGCCUGCAGAGGACAAACGGCUGCCAGUCCAGCAGGAGCAGCAAUGGCCAGCUGUGGAAGGCAAGGGGAGCUGCAGGGAUUGUCAGCACUUACAAGGCUUGCAUCAAAGGCAGGCAUUUUGGCAAAUUCAGUGUUUCCUGAUGCAACUCUUGGCUCAGGCCAGCAGCACAGUGCUGCAGAGGACCCUUUCAGGUCACUGACCAGAAGAGCUGCAGCAUACGGCAUGCAAGCAGAUGCCGGGCAACUGCAAAAUGCACAAAAUUGUGAGCCAAAUCAAGAGUCCCUUGCAGAGGCAGCCCAGCUGCCAGUACAUGCUGCUACCCAGGAGGCGUUGGGAAGCCUAGGGAGCUGCACUGAUGGACAGGUACCUGCCUGCACCCAAUGCAGUAAACCAAUAUCAUUAUAG